UCUUGUUUGCGGAUACAUCGUUUAGUGAGUAGACAUGGCGAAGUGGGUGGGGGAACUGUCGAAGGAGGAGUUGAACUUUGAGUUGUUGUAUAGGAGUCACCCAGUUGAUUACAAAGGCACUACCGCGGCUAAGAUGAGGGACAUUUUGCUAGGGUUGCUGGAGAAGGAGAAGGAUGGGCCGUUGGAAGACGGAGUGACCGCUACUGUUGAGGAGGAGUUGGCUAUAGCGGAGUUGAAGCUUCAGACGGCCGAGUUGUCACUUUCGAUGGUUACUGGAGGGGAAGGUGAUGCCAGAGCUUCAAAGUUAAGGGCGGGUUUGUCCCAUUUAAACAGGCGUAUCUCCCGUCUCCUACCAAUGGCUGUCGGAGAAGAGAGGGAGAGAGUAAAGGACGCGCUUGUUCAACUCAAAGAUUUAGUUGCUAAAUUCCGAGAUUUGGGAGAAGGCAGCGUUUUCAACGCGACUGUAGUGAUGUCCGUUUCUGCCAAGAAGGAGCGUAGUGAGAAAGACGAUAAGAAAAAUAAGGAAAAGAAGAAGAAUAAGAAGAGUAAAGCGAAGGCCAAGGUUAAAGUAGAGUCGGAGAGUUCUAGUGAGGAGAACACCGACAAGACUGAUAGUAGCUCAGAAGAGGAGACUAAGAAAACUCCUAAAUUUGCUAGAUCCCUAGAUGUGCAUAAAUGGGGUCUUAAGUUUAACGGCCUUGGUGAGGGAACUAGUGUCUUGUCAUUUAUAGCUGACGUUGAGGAGAAGGCUAGCUGGAAGGGCAUAGAUGUUAAUCAUCUUGUGGCCGGUGCUUCCGAGUUCUUUGAGGGUCAGGCGAAAACCUGGUUCAGAGGUAUUAGGUCUAAAAUAGAUAGCUGGUCAGAGCUGAAAAUUGCUCUGAGGAAGCAAUAUCUUCCUCUUAACUACUACGAGACUCUCUGGGAAGAGAUCAGGAGUAGGAAGCAAGGUAGCAAUGAGUUGAUGGGCACUUACGUGGCGAACAUGAUUGGCAUGUUUGGAUGGCUUGAGCUAGGAGAGAAAGUCUCAGACGAGACUAAACUGGCGAUCAUCCAAAGAAAUCUCGCUCCUUUCUACUUAGAGAAGUUGGCGUUGACGCCGGUGCGUUCCUUAGAGGAGCUUAAGACUCUGGGGAAGCAGCUAGAAUUCAGCAAGCAACGGGUGGAAGGUUAUGACGCGGGAAAGAGUAAGAGUAAGCCAAUCGCUCCGGAGUUCGCGUACAAACAGCCCACAGUUCGGAAGCCUGUUGUAAAUGAAGUAAACCCUGUAAAGAAGAUGAUUUGUUGGAAGUGUCGUGGAGAAGGACACUCCUUCUCGACCUGCACCAAGGAACAGAAAGGAACCUUCUGUUACAAAUGUGGUAAGCAGGAAGUGACUACCAAGACCUGCCCGAAGUGUUCUAAGCCUUCCCCUAAGGGGAAGCCUGAACAGAAAUCGGGGGAAUAAGUCGGGGUUCCUACAGGGACCGUGUAGGAGGCUCCAGAUGGAGGAAGGUCCCUAGACGGGGUUCUAACCCCACUUUCCAGAAAGGGAGUUCUGGUGCUUAUGUGUUAGAGUUGAAGUUAAAUGAAGAAGAUAAUAGAGU